AUGUCCACAAGAAUGAGUAUAGUCCAUGAAUCGAGUCCAGAACUCGAAAGAUUCACGGAGAAGCCCUCGUUCGAGAGCGAUGGAAUGCUAAGCCAAGAACUCGGCCAUGGCCAUUCGGAUCAUAGCCGUCGAUUUGUCAGGUCCAAGUUUUGGACUGCUUUUCACUGGCUCAAAUGGCUUCUAUUUUUGCUUCUGAUCGCCAGCGCACUUUUCGUGCUACUCCGCCAGCCACCGCGUCCUCUUCAGGUUGGCGACGACAUUUACGGCGCUCUUCCGAAGGUUUCCUACGAACAAGUCAUCUUUGAGGACCAGGUGGAGAAUUACACUCCCAACUUCACCUCAGAAGCGCAAUCGCGCGAGGUGUUGGAGCGAUGGAGAUCCUUGGUCCCAAUGGGAAGUGGGAACGUGAACAUUGGCGACCUUGAUCAGUAUCCGGACACAAUCCCCCAACCUUUCAAGAUCAAUGGCUUUGGCCAGCUGUAUAUGGUAUCCUGGGUGAACCAGAUGAAGUGUCUGUAUGACAUCAUGAACGCGUACGAUGUUCUUGUUCGUCUUGGCCCCACUGGAUCCGAAGGUCUUCCAACCAAGGGCAGGGCGCAUCCAAGGACUCGCCAGUGCUUUGACUAUCUACGGCAGGCCAUUAUGUGCCACGGUGACAUGACACUGGAGGGUGCUUCAGGACAGGGACCUCCUCGUGGAAGUGACGGGUAUGGCGCAAAACACAUAUGCCGCAACAGGGCUGAGUCGUUUGAGUGGAUUGGUGCGCACCGGCCCUUCGAUGAUCAGGACGUGCUUGGCGACUCUUAA